CGCGGGGGCUCCCGAGGCGCAGGAGCCCGCAGCCUCGGGCACCGCGGCUCCGGAGGGAGGCGACCGCUGCCGCGGCUACUACGACGUGAUGGGCCAGUGGGACCCGCCCUUCAACUGCAGCUCGGGUGUCUACAGCUUCUGCUGCGGCACGUGCGGCUACCGCUUCUGCUGCCACGACGGCCCGCGCCGCCUGGACCAGAGCCGCUGCUCCAACUACGACACGCCGGCCUGGGUGCAGACUGGCCGGCCGCCCGCCCGCACCCGUGACACAGCCGCCCCGCGCGAUCCGGGCCGCGAGCGCAGCCACACUGCGGUCUACGCGGUGUGCGGUGUCGCCGCGCUACUCGUGCUGAUUGGCAUCGGGGCACGCCUGGGCCUGGAGAGAGCGCACAGCCCGCGCGCUCGGCGCACGGUGACCAGGACACUGACAGAACUUCUCAAGCAGCCGAGCCCCCAGGAACCCCUGCCUCCACCUCUGGGCCCACACCUGGGUAACUGUGUCCAGGUCCAAAUGGGUGAUGGUGUUCUUCGGGGUUCCCCCCUCAACAACACAGACAAGAAACGCCUCAAUAAUGCACCUCUGGGAUCUGCUACCCCGGGCCCCCCGCGCGGCCCCCGGCUGCAGGGUGGCGGCAGCCUGACAUUGCAGCCCGACUACACCAAGUUCGCCACUCUCAAAGCAGCAGCCCUCAAGGCCACAGAGGCUGCACCCCAGGACUUCUAUCAGCGCUUUCCCUCUACCGAGCCGGCUCCGCGGACCCUCCCUGCGCGGACCCCGCGUCCUCCGGAGGACUUGCCUGCGCUGCUCGAAGCCUGUCCCUGGGCCCCUCCGGGUUACGUACCUCCCGCCGGCCCUGUCUCGUCGGUCCCCUAUGCGGCCUGGACCGCGGGCCGCCCCGCGCGGCCGGUUCCCCGUGGCCACUUGGUGGCUCAGGUCUCCCCUGCGCCCCGGCGGCCCAGCCACGUGCCGCGGCGUCAGUUCAGCGUGGAGAAGCUGCCCGAGGCCUUCAGCGCGCAGCCCGCCACCUUUUACAGCAGCGCGGGCAGAGGGCCCCGGCACCUAAGCACCAACAGCAAGGCCGAGGUCACCGUCUGAAGCAGAACUGCUAGAGCCUUCUGCGUGGUCCUGGGCCCCAGGCCGUGGAGUGGCAGUGCUGGCUUCGAUCCAGACGGGACUGGGGACAUUUGGAGCCGGUGGCUAAAGGGGCCAAAAGGGUAGGGCCAGGUGUUCUGCCCUUGGGAACGUAGGGCUAUCCGUACCUGUGUAAAUAAACCCUCUAAUGUGGUUCCAGUC